AUGGCUAUCUAUAAACUGGAGGGCGAAGCUGAUCGCUGGUGGAAGAACACCGAGAUGAUCCUCCAAGAGAAUGCAACCCCUAUUACCUGGGAAGUGUUCAAGGAACACUAUAAUUUGAAAUACUUCCCACUGUUAGUAAGAGACAAAAAGGAGGUGGAAUUUCUGAUGAUUCAGCAAGGUCCCCGAGAGUCCUUUGAUGAGUACCUAGACAGGUACAUGAGGCUCUCUCGUUACUCUAACUACCUCCAACUCCGCAAUGAUGAGUGGUGGAAAACAGAGAAAAUGAUAAGGGGACUAAGGCAGGAGCUGAGGGAGAAGGUAGCCCCACGACAACUUGAGAAGUUUAAUCAGGCAGUGGAAGCCUGCCGGAUUACUGAAAGUAGCCUGAACCACCAGGCACUAGUCAGGGCCGCUCCUAGACCAGAAGGACUAGCAACAAGGGGCGGAUUAGAGAGGACUUCUUCUGGAGGAAAUAGAAAGAGGCGAAAGCCUGUGUUUUCCAAGAAGUUUAAACGAGGAGGAGGAGUAAGGCAAGGAGGAAGCAGCACUACGCGCCAGACCAAGGAAUGUAGCAGCUGUGGUAAAAACCACGGAGAUCGACCAUGUUUGAUGGGUCAAAACGUGUGCUUUCGAUGCGGCAAGCCUGGACACUAUAUAAAGGAGUGCCCUCUUAAUGUGGAUGGCUCGAGGCCCCAAACUCAAGGGAGGGUUUUUGCUCUCACAAGGGAAGAGGCUGAUAAGUCGCCUGAGAUGAUACAAGGUACGAUUCAAGUUAACAAUUACCUUGUGCAUGCUAUGUUUGACUCAAGUGCUAGCCACUCCUUUAUUGCAUAUGAUUGCGCAAAGCGCAUAGGCCUUGAUGUUAACACAUUAUUAUAUGAUCUAUGUGUGGCUACUCCUACGGGCACUAAAGUUUAUACGUCUGAUGUUUGCCUAAAUUGUAUUGUCCGGUAUGCCCAUUGUUGCACUACACUUGACCUAAUAUGUAUGCCUUUUCGUGAGAUUGACGUGAUACUUGGUCUGAAUUGGCAGUCUACCCAUAAUAUACUCCUUGACUGUAAGAAUAGGACUUUGAUUUUUCCUCCCCAUGAGUUAACCCCUCAUACCGAGGUGAAACUAAACUUGAUCACGGGAGCCCAAGCCGGGGAUUCCCUAAGACAUGGCUGUCAGGGGUACGUGGUAUUCUUCUCUGUACAUGCAGAAGUGGAAGAAGGCAUAACAGAGAUACCCGUGGUAUGUGAUUUUCCGGAAGUCUUUCCGAUGGAAAUUAGCGGGUUACCUCGAGAGCGAGAGGUAGAGUUUGCAAUUGACCUAAUACCUGGAGCAGGACCGAUUUCCAAAGCCCCUUAUCGUAUGGCUCCAAAUGAAAUGGCAGAAUUAAAGAAGCAGUUAGAGGAGCUAUUAGAAAAGAAUUUUAUUCGGCCCAGUGUGUCACCAUGGGAAGCACCCAUCUUGUUCGUCCGUAAGAAGGACGGUAGCCUAAGGUUGUGCAUUGAUUACCGGGAGCUCAACAAAGUGACGAUUAAAAACAAGUACCCACUACCUCGAAUAGACGAUUUGUUAGAUCAAUUAGCUGGUGCCACAGUGUUUUCCAAGAUUGACUUGAGAUCAGGUUACCAUCAACUGAGGAUUAAAGCAGAGGACAUUCCAAAGACUGCUUUCCGAACACGGUAUGGGCACUACGAGUUCUUGGAGAAACAGCUAUAUGCCAAACUCAGCAAGUGCGAGUUUUGGCUGAAUGAAGUAAAGUUCUUGGGUCAUGUGAUUGCCCAAGAUGGAGUAGCAGUGGAUCCCAGUAAGGUGGAAGCAGUUCUAAACUGGGAGCAACCAAAAAUAGUAACAGAAAUACGAAGCUUUCUGGGAUUGGCAGGUUACUAUAGAAGAUUUAUUAAGGAUUUUUCAAGAAUUGCACAGCCCCUGACUAAACUUACACGUAAGAACCAGCAAUUCGUGUGGGAUGAUAAAUGUGAGGCUAGCUUCCAAGAGCUGAAACGAAGGUUGACCUCAACCCCUGUGCUGAUAAUUCCCGAUCCAACCCUACCGUAUGUUGUAUAUACCGAUGCUAGCAAGCAAGGAUUAGGGUGUGUAUUAAUGCAGCAAGGACGAGUAGUCGCCUAUGCCUCACGACAGUUAAAGUCUCAUGAAGAGAAUUAUCCCACUCAUGACCUAGAAUUAGCUGCAAUAGUUUAUGCCUUAAAAAUCUGGAGGCAUUAUCUAUAUGGGGCAACCCUUGAACUAUAUUGUGAUCAUAAAAGUCUCAAGUACCUGCAGGAUCAAAAAGAACUAAACAUGAGGCAACGACGAUGGAUGGAGUUGCUCAAGGAUUAUGAUUACCAGAUAAAAUACCAUCUAGGCAAGGCUAAUAUGGUAGCUGACGCCUUAAGCCGAAAGGUAGUACAAGUAGCAUUCCUAAUGAUUCAGGAACGAAAACUCAUCGAAGAUGUGAAGGAUUGGGAACCUUUGUUCCAUAUGAAACUAAUGACCCAGAAAGUAGAAGUGACAAGAGCAGAAGCCCAACUGAUAGAGCAAAUCAAAGAGGCCCAGAAGAGCGAUCCGAUAGCUGAUACACUUCGGAUUAAGCUAACAAAAGCUGAGGAUGAAGCGAUCGAGGUGUCACCAGAUGGAAUAUUGAAGUAUAAGAAACGGGUAUAUGUUCCAGAGUCCAUCAGGCAACAACUAUUGGAGGAGGCACAUAAGAGCAAAUAUAGAUACAUCCGGGAAUGA